ACAAACGUUUUGUGUAGUUUAAUGAGACGAAAUUUCAAAUUUAUUUGGGCUUUUGCUUGUCAUAAAGGUCUAUCUAAUUUUAUUUCUCAUACUUUGUUUAUGAUCGAUUCUAUUCCGAAUUCGACCUCAGUUGAUCCGUGUAAUGUGGAUAUGUGUCUAAAAAGAGCACGUGAAUAUAGUCCUCUCCUCAGUCAAUUUUCAUUAUCUUGUUUGGAUGUUACUCUACUACUUGUCAGUCAUCCAGCCUCAAGUUUUUUACUCAGUUUAUCAUGUAUUCGUUGCGCUUCUAAUCAUUCCCAUUUACUAGAAUCGUUAGGAUUUUUAUAUCGAUCUCUAUCAGCUCAUAAAACACAAUAUUAUCAAUGUCAAGAUAUCAAUAGUCAUGAUUCGUCAAAUAAUGUAAAUCCAAUUAUGGAGUCUAACAAGUCUAAAAAUUGUUGGUGGAUCUAUGCACAACUUGAUCGAUUUAUGUCUACUUUACCAUCUUGUUCAUCUGAUUAUAAUCUACUUGCUUCAUUAUUGUGUGCUCUUCAUGAAGUUGGACUUCAUUUAAUUCCGUUCAGUUUGAAUUACUUUACAAAUUCAUCUAAAGAAUAUAUGUGCGAUUGGUUGAUGUUUCUAAUAGGGGAUCCACAAGGCCCCUUGAGUUAUUGUCUUCUGCAACCGAAAGCUGGAGUUGGUGAAACAGACAGUCCACGAUUAGUAUCUGCUAAAAAACACCUAAUUUAUCAUACUUUGCCCUGUUUAUUAAGUGAUUUGUUUAAUACGAUUGGUAAAUUGAACAAUAUUAUAGGAGAUAAAAAUUUCAAUAGUAUACUCACAAAGUAUUCUGAAUCACAAUUACAUAAUAUAUGUGAUUUCAAAGUGUAUGAAGUUUGUUUUCAAUGGGCUUGUAAUACAUUAAAAGAAUUUAUUGUUUCUCCAUUCUCUGAUCUAGUUCGACUAAAUCUAUUGGCUAGUAUAUUGGCUCAAUUGACUUCACCUAAAUUUCAAGAAAUCGUUCACAUUUUAAAUGAUGGUGAAAUUAUUGGACGUUUAAUUAAUCAUGUAUCAAUAUUACUUUCAGCAUUUAUUCAACAGCCUAAUCAUCAAGCUAAUUAUUCAUAUAUUGGGUCAUCUAAUAUUGUUUUAUUUCUAACUGUAAUAAAUAAUUUAAUUCAAACACUAUCUGUUCAACCAUUUAUACAACAAUUAGAUUUAAAUGAUGUCCUACUAGAUAGUAAUAAAAAUAAUAGCAAUAAUAAUAAUAAUAAUAAUGAUAAUAUGAAUAAUUUUCAUAAAUAUUUAUCUUGGAUUGAUGAAGAGUGGAUUUUGAAAAGCUUAACCUAUCGCCAAAUAGAGGUUCGGGCUCUAGCUUUAUCGAUUCUUAGUCGUGUAUGCUUAGUUCCUAUUUGGUUACAACGUUUGCUGACGCGCAAUAUUUCUACAGAAACACGCACACUUUUGUCUGCCCAUUCACUUGAAUGGUCAUCUCCAGGUGCCAUUUGGGAGGUGGCUUUCCAUUUUCUAAUGGAUUCAUCUGAAUCUUGCUGGGUUCGCAUAAUGGCUGCACGGCUACUUAUUAAUUUAACAGCUCUGCCUUUAAAUCCAAGGGAUUCGGUGAUGUUUUUCCCUCCAGCGAUAAAUGAAUUUACGUCAGGCUGCUUAGAAGAAACUAAUCUAUGGGAUAAAUUUCAGUUUUCACGUAUUCCAUUCAAUUCAGCUACUUUACGAAGUCGAACAACAUCAAAUAAUAUUGGAUAUAAUAUUCAUGAUUCUAAUGAGCCUGUUGUAGAGUUGCAAGAUAUUCUCAAUUCAGAUCAAUCUUCUCAACAGCUAAGAGAUAACAUUACACAGCUUAUGGAUGUUUUAAAACCAUGGACUGAUGAAUUGUUUACUCCAGCGAACACGAUGAGUAGUAUAGAUCAUCAAAUGCAAUUCAUACCAGUGCGUGUUUCAAAACCACCAAAGAAUAUUACUAUGCCUGUUUACUCAGAUCUUAAUUCCAAUUUUUACCUCAUAGGGUUACCUGCAUUACACCAAUUAUUAGUUUCGAAAGACUUCUUUAACUAUCUUUGUCGUUUGGUCAUUUCACAUUUGCCUCAAACAAUGUUCAGUUUAUCUCAAUGGCAACGACUUACCAUGCCAUCACAAAGCAAUAUUGAAAAGACUUUACCUGGUACUAAUUUAACUAAUCUGCAAUCUUCAACAUUGACGAAAACUGCAACAACACUUAAUAACAUACAGGAGGCGGUUACUUCAACAAUAACAACUACAGAAAUAACUGGCACAAGUCAAUCUGUUAAUUUUGCAAAUAAUGCUAUAUCUAAUAUUUCGUCAGCAUCGCAUAUUCCAUGGAUUUGUACACCUUCCCUUUUAAGUACAGUUAUUCACUUGCUUAUUAAUUUGAUGCAUCAUUUACCCAAAUUUAUUUUAAGUCAACUGAAACUACAUCGUAUCAAUCCAUUAUUGAUGAAUAUAAUUGAUCCAAAUUUGUUACAAUGUGCUAUUCAACAAAGUACUAUUUCUUAUUCUAUUAUUAAUAACAAAAGCUCAUGCAACCAAUUAAUUCAAUGUUAUGCCAGUUGUAUACAUACUUUGCGCUGCCAAGCAGCAAUGAAUGAAGAAUGUCGUAUGAAUCUAAUUUCUGACUCUCUUUUUUUAACACGGAUAAUUAUAAUUUUAACUAUUUCGAUAAGUUACAUUGAUCUUAUGGCUCCUUUGUGGCAAGAGAUUUUCUCACUUUUAACCUGUUUAUUAAUUUAUUCGAACAAUGAAGAAACAAAAGGUUUAAAUUUACGCCUAAUUUUAAAACCUUUAGCUAAUGUGCUACCUAACUUCAUGGAUAUUAUUCUCACAUUUAUUGAUAGAGCUGAAUUAGAAAUAUCUAAAGAAUGUAAAUAUCGUCAUUCUAUUAAAUUCUGUGCUCACGCUCGUAUAGCAUUACAAUUGUUGGUGGUUAUUAUGUCACACCAACGUCCAGUUUCUUUGAAUCCUGUACUUAAUCGUCUAGAGAAAGAAUACACGCUGGAUACGAUUAAAUCAAAACAUCCAAGUUCUGAUAAAUCAUUGAAUGAUAUUAUUUAUCUCACUAGACGUUUAGUUCAGUUAUCGAAUUCCAGUCAUUGUUUUUCACAGGAUGGAACAUCACCUAGAUUAUCAAGUCAUAACUCAAUAACAGUUAUAAUUAACUAUAGAAAAGCUAUUGAUAAUGCCUUACGUACUCUAAUUGGAAUAUGCCAUGCAAUCAAAAUAACUACUCUUGAAGAUGGCUUUCUAGAAGAGUCGAUUGCUAAAUUGCAACUUCUUCGAGCAAAAAUGGAACUAUGUUGUACUAAUGUUCAUGUAAAUUCAGAAUCUGACAGAUCAGCUUCUUGUGAUUCGAAACAAUCUUUAUCAAGUAGAGUAUCUGUAGAUCAAAAAGCUGAGCGUCGACAUCAAACAGUAUCUACAUGGCUAAAACUUUCGGAUGAAAUGAUCGCAAAUUUAGAAAUAUUACAUAAUCUUGUUUACAUGUGUCCGGAGGCUAGAAUGCGUGCUAUAGAAUCAGGAAUUAUUCAAGUGAUUAUAUGUAUUUGGCCUUUGGCUUUGCAAGAUUUACGAAUCCUACGUACAAUACUUGGUCUACUUACUAAUUUAACAGCUGACUGUCCACGAGCUUCUUCAGUUUUGGUUAAUCCUUCAAGUACAAUUAAAGUUAAUCCAUACAUAAUUUCUCAAUCGAUUCAGACUGCAGGCUCAAGUAACAUUCAAGGGGACAUACCUAAAACAGACGAAGCUUCCAUUAUACUAUUCAAUGCAUCGAAUUCCUUGACAAUAAAUAGUUCUUUUAUCCAAUCAUUAUGUAAUUUAAUUCCAACUUACAAUCAAUUCAUAUUAACCGAAUCAAAUAAAAAAUGUAAUACAAACACAUCAGGAAACAUUAGCAAAACAUAUCAAUUUAAUUGUUGUACCAAUAUUAUGGGUAAUAAACAAGGUACAAGUACACAUCAAGAAGAUAUAUAUAGGUUAAUCUUUCAAUUAUUAGCUAAUAUUGUAUGGGCACCAGAGACAAGAUCCUUUUUAUUAAAAUCUAAAAUCCUUAAUCACAUAUCAGAAUUGAACCCACGUACACUGAUCAAAAGUCGUCGUGGACAUUUUAUACUCACCCUUUGGCUACAAUUGAUCCUUAAUAUAUCAUUCACUAAAGAUGGACAACAUAUACUAUUUAAUCAACCGAAUUUACCCACAAUUUUGAUCAAUUGUAUAAAUCAUUGUAAACCUGAUAAUCGUGAUACAGCUUUAGUAAUCUUGCGGAAUUUAUGCACACACAGUAUUUUGAAAUCGAAAUUAUUAACUGCAAACUUUAACGUUAUCAAUUGUUUUCGUGAUAUAUUAUUGGAUUCUCAUUUGGACACGAAUUCAUUGUAUUCUAUUAGAGUUGUACUUAGUGCUAUUGAAGCUGCGAUUCAUAACAGUAAAAAAAUUCGUGUAUUUAUGAAAUCUAAUUCCUGUUUACGCCAUUUGACAAAUUUUUGGGAAUCAUAUCAAGUCAGAAAUGAAUUUUUAUCCGUUUUUCCAAGAGUUAAGUCCCUAAUAAUAAAAUUACAAGGAUAAUUAUUCACCUUUCUUAAAUCACAAUUACCUGUGAAAAAUAGUUAGAAUGUGUAUAUACUAUAACCAGAACAUUGGAUAAAAUGUGAAAUCUCGGUUUUUUAUUUAUUCAUUGUAUAAAACUUCCUAAAAUAAACUUUCAUAAUUAAUC